UCGAAAAAUUUGACUGAAAAUAAUUUUGUGAAAAAGAGUAUGAAAAAAAAAAUUAUAAGAAUAUGAAAAUUUAAGUGAAAGAGUGAAUAAAAAAUUAGCUGAAAGAGCUAGGGAUUUACGAUCAUUCAGUUCUAUUUUAGGUCCUAAUAUAAAGCACGUUUGAUAAAUCUAAACUGCAAAAUCUGCAAAAAUAACAGUGGUGCUUAAAGUUCUAAAGGAAUUUUUAAGAUUUUUUAUAACUACUGCAAAAAUAUCGUAAAUUAGAAGAGCAAAAUAGAAAAAUGUUGGAUAUUAAAGCAUUUACCGCGUAUGUUACAAAUAUUCAAAUAUAAAAUAUUCAGUUUCUGCGGAUUUGAGAGUAUAACUGGAAAAACUUUAACGAUUUAAUUUAAAACCUUCAGUAUAUGAAUAUAUGAUUCUUGUUGAAAUUCACAUAAUGUCAUUGUGCAUAUACAUACGUAGUUUAUAUUGGUAUACAGAAGAAAACAAAUUUUUUAACUACACAACUAUUUUUUUGAGGAGCACCAGUGCAAAUGGAAGACUUUUAGAUAAAGUAAAAAUGUCAAAAUAUACAAUUGCACAACAAAUUGAUCAAGUUAAAAUGUGUGUAAUGAUCCCAAAAGCAAAAGAGAUUUCCAAUUCCUUAAAAUUGUAUAAAGCAUUUAAAUAUCGGCUUUGGAUAAGUUUAUUAUUAAGUCUUGCAAUUAUAGCUUUAAUAAAUCGUUUCGUCUAUUACUGCAUUAAUAAAAUUUAUGGAAUUAAGGAAAACUACAAUGUUAUUCAUUCAAUUACGAUUUUAUUUGAAACUUUAUUAAGUAAACCUGUUCAUAGGUUACCAACAAAUACAACAUUACGUUUAAUAUUUAUUUUUUGGUCAAUUUUCACGUAUAUUUUAGCUACAGCAUAUCUUGAACAAUACAAAUAUGAACCAGAUUUAUGGGGUUUAUUAGGUCAAAUGACAAUAAAAAAUUUAACAUUAAAAGAUGCAUCUGAAGAUAUUACAUUAUGGCCUCCAAAACAAGGAUUUUUGUUACGUAGCGAUGCUUGUAGAAAUUUAAUGAUACGUACAAUUCAAAGAAUUGAUAAUCGUCCGUUUUAUCAUAGAAUACCAGAUUAUCCAUGGACCGGUUCAUUUAGUCAUUUCUUUCAACUUGGUUCAGCUUAUGUGGAAAAAUUUAAUUAUGUUAUUCGUGCAUUAUUCGAAGGUGGUUUCUUACGAAAUUGGCAAUUAUCAGUAAAUCAUUUGAAAACUUUAAAAUCGAAGGCAUUACAAUUAAUUAAGGAAGAAAAUAAUGAUCCAGAAGUAAUUACUGUAAAUAUGUUAGUGGGAACAUUUAUUUUAUAUAUUUCCGGCUGUUUAAUAUGUUUUAUUGUUUUUAUAGCAGAAGUAUUGUGGUACAAUUCACAUACUUGAGUUUAAUAUAAAGUAUCUUAUUUCUUGGAUUGUGUAUUGGUUUAAAUCCAGCUCAAAUUGUU